AUGUUCACUGGAUUUCAGCAAACCCCUCGGUACUAUGACACAUUUGCACUGAGGGAUACCGACGGCCAUGAGCAUGCGACGCAGACGUGGCCGUACUUUCGGUCAUACAAGUCCAGAGCUGCCAUGAAGCGAAGCGAACCUGUUCUUGUCAGCAGCUGCUGGAACGGUCACUUAACGCUCGCUCCAGUUUUUAUGCCUGCGGCUUCAUUUGUUGGUGAUCAGGGACUCACCUUCAGAGCCAUCGACGACUCUCUCGCAGCAAAACAUCUCGAGGGCGCCGAGUGUUGCCUCAUUCAUGCUGAUAACCCAGAAUCAGAGACAAGGGGUGUUUACCUUAACCCCAAUGUCCGUGUCGGAUAUGACCGCCGCGCCUAUGAACUUGUUCACUCAAGCGGAUCCUGGCUCACUCACACUCGGAUCUUGUCUGACUUAUGGAAGAAUAGGCUGACGAGGUGGUUCACAACGCCGUGGUUCAAAGAGUGGUGGGUUCGGAGUUUGGAGCGUGAGCGGCAGAGGCAGAAUCCUGGCCGCAGCGAGAACGGGAUGAUGUGCGUCAUCAACGAGAUGCAGGUGCUUGUUCAUAAUGGCUGGGCCCAUGCUUGA